AUAGGACGGGCGGCGGCGCCCAGAGCCGCGCGGCGGAGCCGACCCGAGCCACGCUGAGCGGCGCCGGAGCAGGCGGCCGGACCCGGCGCACCCAUGCUGCUGACGCUGGCCUGGGGCUCGCUUUUCUUCCCGGGGCUCUUCGCGCUCAGCACCUGGGCGCUGCGCCGCUGGCGGCCCGCAUGGAGCUACAACGACUGUGUGAUGGUCGGCACCAGGGUGGUUUCAUCAGUGCAGGCAGUGCUGGCCACCGGGGCAGGGAUCAUCAUCAUCCGUUCCUGCAGCGACGUGGUCUCGGACAGGCACUGGCUUACCCGAGAAUAUGUCUGGUUUUUGAUUCCAUACAUGGUCUAUGACUGCUACGCUAUGUACUUCUGUGAUUGGUGCCGAAUCAAAGACCAUACUCCUGGACACUCCUUUGUUUUUCGAAACUUCCUGAGUCAAAACCGCCUCAUGAUCAUGCACCAUAUGGUUAUUCUCUUUGUCCUUGUGCCAGUUGCACAGAAGUUCCGGGGAGACCUUGGAGACUUCUUUGUUGGCUGCAUUUUCACAGCAGAAUUGAGCACCCCAUUUGUGUCAUUGGGCAGAGUUCUCAUUCAGCGAAAGCAGCAGCACACCCUUUUGUAUAAAGUGAACGGAAUCAUCACGCUGACCAGCUUCUUUUGCUGUCGGAUCCUUCUUUUCCCCUUCAUGUAUUGGUCCUAUGGCCGACAGCACGGACUCAGCAUGCUCCAAGUGCCAUAUAAUAUCCCUUUCUUCUGCAAUGUGGCCAAUGCCUUCCUCAUCGCUCCCCAGCUCUACUGGUUCUUUCUGCUGUGCAAAAAGGCACUCCGGCUCUUUGACACUCCCCAAGACAAAAAGGAUGGAUAACAGCCCCCAGAAGUUGGGUAGUGAGGUUGUCUCCUCACACUAGCUGCUGCCUCUACUCAGUAUUCCAUGGACCAAACUGUGCCCUAGGUGGCCUCAGCCUUUUCGGUAUUGAUAAGCAGAUGGCUCUGAGUUUUUCUUUUAAAAUAUUCCUAUUACUUCCCUCUUUUAACCUGCCCUUUUGCAAAAGCACUUUUUAUGGUUAACAGCUAUUGGGUGCUAUCAGCUCUCUGCUACCACCAGCAGUUAAUAUAAGCCCAGGGAUCCUGCCUUGGGUCUUAUCUCAAGAGCUCUGGGAGGUUGAAGAAUGGGACAUGAGGCUGGUGGACCACAGUGCUGAGUGUCUGGGCACUCACCUAUUUACUCUGCAACUACUCAGGGCAGUAUCCACAGUACUCGGCCAGCAGAAGCAAAUGACGGCGACUUGGAUCUUAAAAUGUCUUGCACUGUUGGCCUGGGAAGAUCAUUGUGGGUAUGUAGUUUUUUGUUUACUAGAUAGUCCAUGAACAGUUCUUGGCCUCAUCCUGUCAUCCAUGUGUCAACAUUGAAUUUUCAUGUUCACUGGCAACACGUAGAAGAAAGGGUUGGAAACAUGAAGUACUUGAGUAGGUAGGGCGGCCAGUAGAGGUCAACUUGUGUUGGCAGACUGACUUGCUAAAGGACCAGAAUCAAACUUGUAAGCUUGCUGCAAG